AUGACAGAAGGGCAUUAUUUUAUUGGCGAAGGAAGACGACGAAUGCGACCUGCAAACCCCGAAGAAAUUCAAGUUUUAGCUAAUGAUACUGUAGAAAUGGAGGAAAAUAAUGCGUUCGGCAAGCCGAGGAAUUACGAGUCAACGAAGCCAGUCAUCUACUGGGACGUUCAUCAGGAUCCUGUUCGUACUUCAUCUCCACUACGAGAUAUCAUCAGGCCAGUUUUGAAUCUACGAGAGGUCUCGAAUCCAGAACUUGAGUUGCUGCCUCUAUCUCAUAUUCAAUUGACUUUGGGAGCUGCCUCCUGGAGUGGGGAUCUUCGCAUCUAUCAUCCACCAGGCAUAACAACUUUCGAGACUUCCUUCUUUGCUGUUGUCGGUGCUGCUAAUACAAUAAUAAACAGAGCCGAUAAAUUGACUCAGAGUUUUUCACAAUCACAAACAAAUAGUGUUUUGAGUAAUCAAUCACCUUCUGAAAUAAAUACAAUUACUGGUCACGUUAAGUUGCCUACGAUAAAUAUUCCGACUUUUUCGGGAGCAUACGAAUUAUGGUUAAAUUUUCGCGAUACGUACAGUUCGUUGAUUCACGAGAAUUUUUCUCUCUCUAACGUACAGAAAUUUCACUAUCUCCGAUCCUCUUUGGCGGACGAAGCCGCUGAGCAGAUACAAACUCUGGAAACAACCGAUGCGAAUUACGAUAUCGCAUGGUCAAUGCUUAAAGAACGUUACGAAAAUAAUAAUUUAAUUAUAAACAGCCAUAUCGACGCGAUUUUCGAUAUUCCAAGUUUAACGGAAGAAUCAUAUGACGGUAUUCGUCAAAUUCAUUCGGGCAUAGAAAAAAAUAUUCGUUCUCUGGGGGUGCUCGGCGUGCCUGUGGACGGGUGGGACAUGAUUCUUAUCAAUAUAAUUAUGUCGAAAUUAGACCCGGUUACUCUGCGCGAUUGGAAGGGAGUAAAAAUUCAUGGCAAAAUUCCUACAAUUAAAGAGAUGUUAAAAUUCUUAUCGGAGCGCUGUCAGAUGCUUCAGGGUUUGAAAUCGGACAAGGUCAAGGCUAACCAAGCGAAGCCUGCCUCACAAACGUCGCGUAUGCGUCAUACUUCUAAAACCUUGUUGACAACGGAUUCUGGUUAUUGUAACUAUUGUAAAGGUUCUCAUUUAAUAAGCGCGUGUAAUUCCUUUUUGAAACUUCCAAUAAGGUCUCGGAUAGAUGAGGCGCGGAAAAAACAUCUUUGUUUAAACUGUUUAAAAAAGAGACAUAGCACAAAUGAUUGUCGAAAUCCGUUGUCGUGUGAAAAAUGUUCUGGACGCCACAAUACAGUUCUACACUUAGAACAAAGGGAAAAGUUAGAAUCGUCGAAUUUAAGGAAAUUGGAAUCUGAAGUUACCGCCUUAUCGUCUCUCACAGCCUGUAGUACAACUUCGAAAAGAAAACAAAUACUCUUGGCAACAGCGUUGAUAAUUAUUAAAGAUAGAGACGGAAAUCCUCACGAGUGUCGUGCUCUUUUGGAUUCUGCCUCUCAAUCAAAUUUUGUAACGGAAGAUUUGUGCAGAAGGCUUAAAUUGAAUACGAAACCAAUACAGAUAAAUAUUUCGGGAAUCGGUCAGGGGGAAUCUCGUAUAACUAGGCAUAUCAAUUUUGUGGUCAAUUCAAGGUUGAAUUCCUUUAAGGCCAAAUUAUCUUGUCUCGUUUUGCCUCAUAUAACGGCCAAUGUGCCAAAUGUAUCUUUUGAUAUCGACGAUCUAAAUAUUCCCGAUGAUCUUCAAUUGGCAGAUCCAGAAUUUUUUGAAUCUGGUCCUGUUGACCUUUUGAUUGGCGCGUCCAUUUUUUGGGAUUUAUUGUGUCAGGGACAAAUUCGUCUGGGGUCAGAUUUACCAACAUUGCAAAAGACGCAAUUUGGUUGGAUCGUUUCAGGAUCAUUAUCUCAUUUUAAAGAAAUAAACAAAACGCUUUGUCAUCUUGUAAAGGUAAAUGAUCUUGAUGAUCAAAUGCGUAGGUUUUGGGAAAUAGAGGAGCAAUAUCUUGUUUCGAAUUCCGAUAAAUUAAAAAAUAAUUCCCUUGAAGAUUUCUUCAAAGACACGACGCAGGUCACUCCCGAUGGUCGUUUCAUUGUUACUUUGCCACAUAAAGAUCAGGAAAUAGAUUUAGGGGAUUCCAAGGAGAUCGCCAUAAAGAGGUUUUUAUCCCUAGAAAGAAAAUUAAUAAAACAAAAAGACUUAAAAUUACAGUAUGAUCAAUUUAUAAAAGAAUAUAUUGAUUUAGGUCAUAUGACCAAACUUGAAAAUAUUGACCCGAAGGAUGUCAGUUAUUACAUUCCCCACCACCCUGUAUUUAAACUAUCAUCGCUCACAACAAAGCUCCGUGUAGUUUUCGACGGUUCAGCGAAAACUACAAACGGGAAAUCUUUGAACGAUGUUCUGUUACCAGGUCCAGCAAUGCAAAAUGAUUUAUUCGAGAUUUUAUUACGUUUUAGGAAACACCUGUUUGUGAUCACGGCGGACAUUGCUAAAAUGUACCGCCAAGUUUUAAUUAAUAAUUCUCAGAGACCAUUGCAGCGCAUAAUUUGGCGUUUCAAUCCUCAGUUGCCGCUUGACGUGUAUGAGCUUAACACACUCACGUACGGUACCGCGCCAGCUGCUUAUCUUUCAAUUCGGUGUUUGUUUGAAAUAGCCUUGAGUGUCAAGGACACCCUUCCUUCUAUAAGCAAAAUAAUUUUCGAGGAUUUUUUCGUCGAUGAUUUGUUAACUGGGAAAGAUUCCGUCAAUGAGUUAAAAUACAUUUACACGGAAAUCUCACGUAUUUUAAGGGCGCGGGGGUUUGAAUUGCGGAAAUGGUCAUCGAAUAGCAGGGAAUUCUUGGAAUGCAUUCAGGCCUGUGAUGAGCAAGAUGUAAAUUUUACUGUUGGUAUGAAUGAGGAUUUUAAGACUUUAGGUCUCUUAUGGAACCCGGGAAAGGAUGUCUUGUUUUUUACAGUGAAUUUGACAAUCAAAGGUCAUAUGAUAACAAAACGACAAAUUUUAUCGUGUAUCGCUCAGAUCUUCGACCCUUUGGGAUUUCUUACUCCUUUUGCUACAGUAGUCAAGAUCAUUUUACAAAAAUUAUGGCAGCUCAAAUUAUCAUGGGACGAAUCGAUUCCUCUAGAUUUGCGAACUAGGUGGUUAUCUUUGCGAGAAAAUAUAUCGGCUCUUGACGACAUUAAAAUACCGAGACACGUUUUAUGUGUAAAUCCAAUUAAUGUACAAUUGCAUGCAUUUUCCGACGCAUCUGAAGUUGCCUAUGGCGCGGUGAGCGAGAUUCACGAAAAUGUAGGAAAGUCUUACUGGCACCACAUCGAUGGUGUCGAGAAUCCCGCCGAUAUUUUGUCGAGGGGUUUAGAUCCGAAAUCGCUUAGAGACAGUCAGCUUUGGUGGAAUGGUUCAGUUUGGCUAGAACGACCGGUUUCUGAGUGGCCGAUUCACACUGCGAUUGAAGUCGAGAAUGAUAUUUGCAUUCCUGAGGAAAAGAUUGUAUCGUUGGUCGCUGUCGAUGAGCAGAACACGGAAUUUUUGUCUGCAUACUCGAAUUUUUCAAAGUUACGUCGGAUAAUCGGAUAUUGUUUAAGAUUUGUACAUAAUUUGAAACAUAAAGGUCAAGACAGAAAUAGUGGAAUAUUAACUACAAACGAGCUGCGUAAUGCUACAAUAGCAAUUUGUAAAUUCGCGCAAAGGGAAAAAUUCACGCGAGAAAUCGAUGCGCUUAAUAAGGGUAAAAACGUGUCAAACAAAAGUAAAAUACUUCCUCUUAGUCCAUUUUUGGACGAUGGUCUAUUAAGAGUGGGAGGGAGGAUAAAAAAUUCUAAUUUCGAUUACGCGAAAAAACACCCUAUUUUGCUGCCUAAAAGUCGAAUAACAAAAUUAAUAAUUGAAAAUGAACACAAAAGAUUGUGUCACGCCGGUACACAGGCCGUCCUGGCAUCACUCAGGGAAAUGUAUUGGCCGAUUUCAGGUCGUGGUCAAGUUCGAGAAGUUGUAAGAAAGUGCGUUAAAUGCUAUCGUGCAAAACCAAGAUCUGCUGUUGCCUAUAUGGGGGAUCUUCCAGAGUCGCGCUUGCUUCAAACCCGACCGUUCUUGCGAACCGGAGUUGACUACGCGGGUCCGUUCGCCAUAAAGGAUCGAAAGACACGCGGAGCAAAAAUAACGAAGGCCUAUGUGUGCCUAUUCGUAUGCUUUUCGACAAAGGCAAUUCACCUGGAAUUGGUGGGUGACUUAACGAGCGAUAACUUUUUAUCGGCAUUAAGGCGCUUUGUUUCGCGAAGGGGUAAACCAUCCGAUGAUUACUCGGAUAACGGUACUAACUUUGUGGGAGCAAGGAGGGAACUCGCUGAGUUGACCGAUUUUUUGUUAAAAAAUGAAUCCACCAUAAUCGAAUCCGCUGUUGAUUUAAGUGUUCAGUGGCACUUUAUUCCUCCAAGAUCGCCACAUUUUGGCGGUCUGUGGGAAGCAGGUGUGAAAACAGUAAAGGGACAUUUAAAAAGAAUAUUAACUGAUGCCUCACUUGUAUACGAGGAUUUUUAUUCGGUCUUGGUUCAAGUAGAGGCGUGUGUAAAUUCACGACCUCUAAGCCCCUUAUCAGACGAUCCAAACGACCUACUUCCAUUGACUCCCGCGCACUUCCUGUUGGGUGAAACCUUGUUAGCCGUACCUGAUCCAGAUCUAUCUCACAUUUCAGAGAACAGGCUUUCGAAAUUUCAAAGAAUGCAGAUGAUGGUGCAGCAUUUUUGGAAACGAUGGUCAGCUGAAUAUAUCGCAGAGCUUCAGGUUCGAGCUAAAUGGAGAACGAGGAAUGAACCAUCAAUUCGAGUUGGAACUUUGGUUAUUAUCAAAGAGGAUAAUUUGCCCCCAGUACAAUGGAAAAUGGGGCGAAUCAUUGAAGUUCAACUGGGAGCUGAUGGGAUCGCAAGGGUAGCAAAGGUUCAUACGUCAUUGGGCACGUAUAAGCGUGCAAUAACUAAACUUUGCCCUCUUCCAUUCGAAGAGAAUUCUUAG